GAUAAGAAUGAUGAUUUGGAAAACCGUUCUCGCAGAAACAACUUGGUCGUGUAUGGUCUAGAAGAGCCUGUUAAUGAAACCCCUGCAUCACUACUGGAUAGUGUAACUGAACUGUUGACCAGAAAACUGUCUGUGACUUGCGAUGCCAUAGAACGCUGUCAUCGUAUUGGUAUCCCCGCACAAGGUAAAAUACGACCUAUAAUUUUUAAAUUGAUGGACUUCCGUGACAAAAUGCGGAUACUCAAAAAUGUUUCUAAACUUAAAGGCACACGGAUAUUUAUUAACGAGGAUUUUUCACCUCGUAUUAGAGACAUUCGAAAACAACUCUGGCUUAGUACUGCCGAAUUCCGAAGAAAUGGCGCAAAGGUCCGUCUACGUUACGACUACGCUCUUGUUGACAACGACCGAUACUCGUGGGAUUCAACAAAUAGAACGCUGAUAAAAGUUCUUCCUCCGGUUCUUGCCACCGGAUCGAACUGACAGUUACCGAAUAAACCAUUGUCUGUAUUAAACAUUAAUGCUCGGAGCCUUGUCCCUAAAUUUACAGAGUUCUCGUGCAUUGCAGCUUCUUAUUCACCGCACGUGAUGUGUGUUACGGAAACCUGGUUACACGAUGGCAUUCUUGAUUGCGAAUUUACACCUCCUAAUUACAACGUGGUACGAUGCGAUAGGUCUUCUAGAGGUGGUGGUGUCGCGCUUUUUUUUAAAUCUGGUAUUAGCUUUUCGGUUCUUCCCUGUUUACCUAACACAGAGUCUUUAUGGUGUAAGGUGCAGCUUGAUAAGUUCGUUCUUGUUAUCGGAGCGGUUUAUCGCGCUCCUAGUUCGGGCCUGCAAACGAUCUUUGAUAUAUAUGACUACAUUCACAAAUACAAUCUGGCGAAUUUCAAGCUUAUCUUGCUGGGCGAUUUUAAUGCACCCGAUAUAAACUGGGAAACGCUAGUGGUUGGCUGUCGCGACAGGGCCAUUUGUGAUGCUCUAGUAGAUAUAGCUGUGUCAUUCGACCUAGAUCAGGUUGUCAAAACGUGCACCAGAGAUAAUUCUGUUCUUGAUCUUGUUUUUCUAACCCAUAGUAUCGCAAACCUAGGUUAUGACUGCGAGGUGGUCGAGGGAAUUUCUGAUCAUAAAGCUGUCCUUGUCAGCCUUAACAUUCGUGUCAAGCGUUCGAACCCUGAAUUCGUCACGUUCCUUGAUUUCAACAGAGCUGACGAUGUGUCAAUUAUUGAUGAACUUAGUUUUUAUUUUGAUGAUUUUUGUGCCAUAAGUCUAGACGCUGAUGUCAAUACGUUGCUUAGAUAUUUCAACUCCCUUAUAGAAAAAUGCAUCAACAAAUUUGUACCU